AUGCCAGAAGUGACAAUCCGAAUGCAUACAUCAGAUAAACCUUGGAUUACCCAAAAAAUAAAGGCACAGAUUAAAGCUAGGAAAAAGGCUUACUGCCGCGGUGAUAAAUCCAAGUACGACCAAUUAUGUAAAAAGGUCUCCAAGUUAAUUCGGAAUGCAAAACAAUCGUUUUAUCACACCGAAGGGAGAGAUCUUCGUCAAAAAGAUCCUGCAAAAUGGUAUAAAACUGUCUAUACUCUGUUGGGUGCUGAAACAAAUCAUAACUCUCUACAAACUCCAUCUAAUGAAGAUCUGUCUAAGGUUGCUGAAAACCUACAAACUGCUUUUACAAACCCAUGGAAAGAUAUCAAUGUCGACCUCCCGGACAUAAAUGAAGUUAACCACUUACUUAAGGAUACGCCACCACCGCUACCUUCCUUAGGGCAAGUACGGUCCUGCCUAAAGCACCUUAACCCAAAGAAAGCAACAGGGAUAGAUAAAAUCCCUGCCUGGUUCUUAAAGCACUACUGUGAUGACUGCACUCUUGAUGAGGUCGUUGCAAACGGAGCCCUUUCAAAUAUGCAGGAAUCAACUAAUCAAGUGAUGAAUUGGGCCAAUGAUAAUAAAAUGAUGGUGAACCCCAAAAAAACUAAGGACAUGUGGAUCAGUUUUUCCCAAUCCUCUUCUGAACCCCCACCUAUACAAACGGAUGGAAUUGAAAUAGAAAGAGUAAACUCCUUCAAACUUCUCGGUGUAUGGGUGCAAAAUGAUUUAAAGUGGAAUACCCAUGUUUGUAAAAUAACAAAAAGAGCAAAUAAGCUAUUAUUCCUUCUCAGAGAGUGCAGGAAAUCCUUCCUACCACCCGAGAUUGGUUUAUUAACAUAUACGUCGAAGAUCCGGCCAAUACUUGAAUACGCCUCUCCAGUUUGGGGCGGAAUCCCUAAAUAUCUUGAAGCAGAAAUUGAACGUGUUCAACAAAGAAGCUUGAGAAUCCUAGGAUUUGAGAAAGAUACCCUUCCUACACUAAAAGAAAGAAGGGACAAGGCAACAUGCAACGGGCUGAAAAGGAUCGUGGAAGUCCAAAAAAACCCAUGUAAUCGUUUCCUAUCUGGUAAUAAGAAUCACACUUACGAACUGAGAAGGACCAGAGACAGCACUCCAAGACAGCUCUCAAAAACACACAGGCAUAGUACGUCUUUUAUCCCAAGGGCGUGUAGAUUAACCAACUCAUGA